AUGAGUACGGACAAGCAAGGGGGGGACGAUCAGCCUGCCAAAGGCCACGAUACCGAGUUCCUGAGUUUAAGUAGCUGGACCAACUUCCUCCCCAGGCUCGUUGGAGAGAGGGGUCAAGACUUCAGCGUCCAGGUCGGCAUCCACCAGCUGCUGGAGAUGUUGAAGAUCCUGGAGGAGCUGCGCAAGUGGCAGAGCACCGUCGAGGACAGCACCCUGCAGUUGAUCAGACACAGGGACACGGGCGUGAAGGUUGCGGGCUCGAAGCUGAAGAUGUGCGUGCGUACCAUCACGGAGCAGAAGGGCAUUGUGAUCUACUUGCUAAACCAGCUGCUCGAGAUCCUGCAGUCUGGGUCCUGGAAGGACCUGGAGUCCCAGUUGCUUCCGCCCUUUGUGAACACUCAGGUGGGGCCGGCCCCGGCGGCAGGUAUCACCCAUUUCCUCUCCCAGCGUGGGAAAGAGAUCUCCAACUUAUACCACUCCGGCUUCAUAGACUAUAAUGCCUACGCAGAUAAAUACCACGAAAAAGAGAACCAGUUGGGGUUCAUUAACCUUAUGACCAGUGAGAACAAGCUCUGCUUUGACCUGAUGUCUCAGAGGUUGAGUGAUGAUGAUAUGAACUACCUUGAUGAAGGCCUACUGGGAUACCCUGACAGGAAAGGACAGCCAUUCCUAAGGAAGGUGGUGGCCCAGUUUCUGACCCACUACUGCAAGGCACCUACUCCCCUCGAUCCAGAAAAUGUCUUGGUUCUAAACGGCUGCUCCCCUAUCUUCUCUGCACUGGCCAUGGUUCUGUGUGAUGUUGGGGAGGCCUUUCGGAUCCCUACGCCCUUCUACAGUGGCUUUGCCUUCAGCUCCCAUGUGUACUCACAGAUUGAACUGGUAGCCGUCCCCCUAGACAGUCAGAUCACUCGUGAGAACACGGAACCCUUCCAGCUGACCGUGGCCAAGUUGGAGCAAGCCCUGCAGGAUGCCAAGCUGAAGGGGGAAAAGGUCAGAGGUCUUGUGCUAACCAAUCCCCAGAAUCCUCUGGGUGACAUCUACUCCCAAGACUCACUGAAGACGUACCUGGAAUUUGCCAAGAAGCACAACCUACAUGUGAUUAUAGAUGAGAUAUACAUGCUCUCUGUGUUCGAUGAUGCCACCACAUUCCACAGUGUCCUGAGCUUGAGCAGUUUGCCUGAUCCCAGCAGGACUCAUGUGAUCUGGGGUACCAGUAAGGAUUUUAGCAUCUAUGGCUUCCGCUUUGGCUUGCUCUACUCCCACAACAAGGAAGUGGUCGCUGCUGUGGGAUCCUUGAACUACCUCCACAGCCUGUCGGGCCUCACCCAGUACAAACUGUACAGGCUACUCCAUAACAGAGAGUGGAUUGACAACGUGUACCAUCCGACUAAUUGCUCGCGUCUCCUGGACGCUCACAAGUUUGUCACAGAAGAGCUGAAGGCCUUGCACGUCCCCUUUCUCAACCGUUGCUCUGGUCUCUAUGUCUGGAUCAACUUGAAAAAGUACCUGCACCAGUGUACAUUUGAAAAAGAACAAAUUCUCCAUCACCACUUUGUAAGAAACAAGGUAUUGCUGUCCCCUGGCCAGUCCUUCAUGUGCAAAGAACCAGGCUGGUUCCGGCUUGUGUUUGCAGAUAAGCGCCCUCGACUUGAAACGGCCAUGCAUCGGUUCCGGGCAAGUCUAAAAGAAAUGAAGGAGUGGUUGAUGGUAGCAUUAUUGAAAGCUGCGAUGGAGGAAGUAGCUGUGCCUGCCCCCUCCAGCUAG